AUGCCUAUCCUAUGGUUCCUUUUCAUAAUAAUCAUUUGCUGUCACACAGUGGUGAAUGCUCUGGAAUGUUACGUUUGUGAGCAACAAGAAGGUAAUGACGAUAAAUGUAUUAAAACGGUGAAAAGUAUAAAUACGAAAUAUUUCAGGACACCACGCGGUGAACGACGACAUUACAUUUCUAAAGGAUGCGAUACACGUGAUGCAUGCACUCGACUUCUUUACGGACUUGCAACUGUCUGUACGCGAAAUUGGUAUGAAGACUGGGCAUGCGUCGAAUGUUGUCAGGGUGAUCGAUGCAAUCGUUACGUUGUACUCGCUUCGUCAAACAUCUAUCCAUCUCUUGCUGUCAUUGCAAUAUCUUUCAUGUUUAUCGGCUCUUCCAAAGUUUAUCUAUGA